AUGAUUUUUGGAAUAUUCUCAAUGGCAUUCGUCGGCUUUACAGUAACCAAGUAUUUUCCUACUGUCGACUGGAUUAUUUUUGUUCUAACCAUUGGAGCCUCCUUGGCUACUAUGAUAACACUAUGGGGAUUUAAAAGAGUUUUGGUAUUUAUCAAUGAAAAAUUGGGAGCAAAAAUUCGAACAAUGUGCCAAAGUGAGGCAUUCAUUGGAUUCACUGGAAUUAUGAUUUGUGGAUUUGUACCAAGAGUUGUCGUAUUUUUCGUGGGAUUCAAUGUUGCGAUUCUCUCCUUUACCAUCAUCCUCUCCUCCGUCGCUGCUCUCACUUUCUUCUUUCUAUUUAUCACUUGGAAUAGAAGGAGACUGGACACCAAAAACAAUGAAUGGCUUACAUUUGCAGUAUUCAUCAUCAAUGUUAUCCUUUUCAUCGGUUCCAUCCGUCUCGCAGUGUCAUAUGAAGAUGGAAAAGAUAUCGAAGUGAUUAUCUGGACCCAAGUAUUCUUCUCCUUCCUUACUAUUCCUAGUAUGAUGGAUUUGGGAAUAAUUCUACUCGGAAACGAGAUGAUUAUGAAUAAUGAAAAUGAAGAAGAAAUCAAGAUGACCGUAAAAGUGCAGAAAUCAAAAAAGGCUGCUGGAAACUCGUCAGGACCCGAAUGCAAAAUCUGCGUUUUACCAUUCAACGAUACUACACAAAUCCCCAGAAUGCUCAAAGAAUGCGGGCAUACUGUAUGCGGAAGGUGUGCAGAUAAGCUGUAUGGAAAACAGAAACAGUAUGAAAUCAUUUGCCCGAUGUGUCAGAAGGUUACGGUAAUUGGAAUGGGAAAAAAGUAUCUUCCGAAGAAUUUCGAGCUGUUGGAAUUGAUUUAA